AUGGAAUCACCUGAUUUUUUUCUCUAUUUAGAAUCCAAUCAAAGUUUCACCGAAAAGUCUUUGAUUGGUGCCAACCAAACCAAAAAGAAAAAGGAGAAAAUUAAAAAACUGAAGAAAUCUUCGCCCAAAGUUGGAGUACUGGAAUACAACGAGCAUAAGGCAGAUGGAGUGUCGCCGAAGAAGUGCACGCCGACUGGAAAUGAGAAGAAAGACGCAAACAAACCACCACUUCUUUAUUGCAAGUUUAUAGCCAACUACCCGUGGUGUGCAUUCUUUCUGGCUUCGUCCUUCCAUCUUACCAUCAUAAUAGCGACCGUAUGUCUUGUUUGUACUGGUUAUAACUUGUUCCCAAUUGAGUUCAAAACGAUGCCGUUAAUUCUAAAUGAAGACAACACCCGCACCCAAGAUUACGCAUGGAGAGGCAAGGACUCCUACUCCGGGAAACUAUGGAGACCUGUCACUGGAGCCAUACAACCAGCCUACUACAAUGGCUUUGUCGGUGACCUUGUCGAGGUUUUCUUGGAAGUACCCAACUAUGAUAUCUUCAGUCGCGAAAAUCUGCAGCUUAUCCGAGAUGCCGAGGAGAGAAUGUUCAACAUCCAAUACUAUCAGAUUUUCUUCUGCUAUGUUGCCAGUGGUACCGAGUGUCAUAAGCCUUCGUCUGUUCUCCGAUUGUUUGAUGGAACUUUUAAUUCCUCUAGUGCCACGUUCUAUGACCCGACGUUUAGCAACAUCCACGGUGUUUUGUGUGAGGCGACCGAGCAUAAUGCUACAAAGGAUUACGUGAAGUACUUCAUAGAACAAGGGCUUGAUCUUUGUGAUGGUAUAUUGAGAUCCUCAAAAACCAGAUUUUUCUACAAACUAGGAUGGCCACUUCGCGGUUCUGAUGAUAGCGGCAAGCUGGAAAACUUCUUGGUGUCGUCUGUGAAACCUGAAAUGGAAAACAUUCGCGACAAUUUGAUGUCUGGUAAGAUGUCAUUAUACUACAUCAGCACGGUGUUGUUUGAAUACGAUGUCGUUAUUCAGGCUCUCAAUGACAUGCUUCUUGCUGUGGGAAGUUUUCUGUUUAUUUUGGUCUUCAUGUGGUUUCAGACUGCAUCGUUUUGGAUAACAUUUUUAGGAAUAUUUAGUAUACUUACCAGCUUCCUAUUGACGAACCUUAUAUAUAGAUGUGUGCUGGGUUAUGAAUACUUUGGAUUUUUCCAUGUCAUUUCUAUGUUCAUAAUCUUGGGUAUCGGUGCGGAUGAUGUGUUUAUCUUCUACGACACGUGGAGACUGACUGGUCACACGAUAUAUCCAAGUAAGGCACACCGGCUGUCUGAUUGUUACAGGAAAGCAGCGAAAACGACUUUUGUCACUUCACUCACAACCAUGACCGCAUUUCUUGUGAGCGGUCUUUCACCUUUGCUUCCGGUUUGCUCGUUUGGGAUAUUUUCUGGUAUUCUAGUGUUUGUGAAUUACCUGUGUGACCUACUCUACUUUCCUACAGUGAUUAUGCUGUAUUCACAAAAGGUUAAACCAUUUUGGGACAAAAUGUGUGGGCCAUGUAUACAGAAAUGCAAAAAGAAGAAAUCAAAAACCAGUAGUGAAAAACAAGACGACACAAUAUCUAUGAAUUUAUCAAAAUUUGAUAUUGACAUCAGAAAAAAACCGUCCACACCUUUUGCUAAUCGUCCAGAGUCUGGAAAUUCUUUGCGUUCUGAUAUUCUAAAUACAGCCAUGACCCCAAGGACAAAGUCUAAUUUUGAAGAUCGUAGCAAAAUAGUUCUCUUCCUUAGAAAUGGAUUCUACGAUUUUAUAACACAUCGUGCUGUGAGAAUAAUAGUACCACUGUUAUUCCUUGGUGCUUCAAGUUUCUUUAUGUGGAGUGCCUCAAAAUUGGAACCAGAUUCACAACAGCUGCAGAUCUACAAGGCGACUCACAACUACGCCCGUGCGUCGCGCAUGCAUUACUAUAGUUUCGAGAGGAGUUUCGAGGAGGAGUACUCAAGCGUAUACCUCACCUGGGGUAUUCAGCGAAAGGACUUUAGCUCGUGUAAUUUCAAAUCCGCCACCUUCUGUGGUGGUGUGGCAAGAUGGGAUGAUACAUUCGAUCCCAAUACACCCGAAGCACAGAUCGCACUUAAGAACCUUUGCAAUCGGUUGGAGACAAUGAGUGCUGAAGAAGCAGAUUCGCUGAGGAUUAAAAGAAACGCUAUAACGGACAAAUUAGAAAUAGCCUGCUUCACCUCCCCGUAUGAAACUUAUUUACAGAAUAAAAUCGACGCGAACGGAAGCGUGUUUCCAGCAGGACUAUCUAUGAACCUGCCAAUUAAUGCCGGCAAUGUUUCAACCUUCAUGGAUGCGCAAUCGUCUAUAUACUACCCCAGUGUUUUAUUGCCCAGUGAUUUUGAUCACCACAUGGGGAUCGGAGUGUCCUACUGGUUGUCGGACAGUUACACGGGAAACCCUACUGACGAUUACUACUUAUACAACGGCUUGCUAGGGGAACAGACGAUAGAUGGUACCACUCAGAGAGCCAGGAACUCUGCCAAUAUGUACUAUGCAUCCAAACUCAAGUAUAUCGGAAUCCGUAUCAAUACCACCUUAAACGUGUACAAGCUAGGCUAUCCUGAAGGGAAGCCUGUUUAUCAGCGAUGGGAGAAACUUAUGGCAGAAGAGUUGAUGAAAAUGCCAGACACGAUGAAGAACGGUUUCCAAUGUACAAAAAAUACAUGGAAUUGGAUCAAGGUUCAGGAGUCGCUAGCGGAUUCUGCCGUACAGGGGGUAAUCGUCGGCCUCGGACUCGCCCUACCGAUCCUCAUCCUCACAACGCUUAACGUUGUUAUAGGAUUUCUUGCCACAGUUACCAUAGGCCUGGUCACCGCUUGUGUCAUCGGCAUCAUCCCUUUGGCGGGCUGGAAACUCGGGGUGUUGGAAUCGCUCAAUAUGUGUAUGGUGGUUGGACUGUCGGUGGACUAUGUGGUACACCUGGCCGAGGCCUAUGCAACCUGUCCCUCCCCCGACCGGAUGGACCGUGUCCGUAAUAUGUUAGAAAGCAUGGGCCUGUCCGUACUAUCAGGCGCUGUCACUACCUUCGGCGCUGCCUCCUUUAUGCUGUUUUCACAGAUCCAGUUCCAGUAUCAAUUCGGAAUCUUUGUGAUGAGCACAAUCUCAAUAUCACUCUUCUUUUCAUUCUUCGCUUUCACUACCUUUAUGUCGCUGUGUGGACCACAGGGUAACACGGGAAGCCUGGUAGCUUUCGGUAAAUGGUUAAAAUCAAAGUGCAGCAGCAACAAUGGUGAACAACCUUCUUCAUCGAGUUUCGGAGAUCAAAGGACCACCAUAGCCAUUGGAAUUGACACUAAACCUGCUGUGGAUCCAACAGAAAUGUCGCGAAGUACAUCCAGAGUCAACUCCUCCCACAAUUCUGAACGUCUCAGACUUUAA